UCUGUGAAUUCCGCUCUGCUCAAGCAAUUAGUUGAGUUGAAGUGAUCAACCUGAGAGGACGUAUUUUUACCGAGCUGCCGACUUUCUAGAAGCAAAAAUCAAGGAAGAUUACUUACAAGUGAUUGAUUGAGAUUGUGUUUGUGUUACCGAGAUCAGCUACAGGUACAGCUACCAGCAAGAAAUAAAUAAAACAAUUUUUCCACUGCUCAUUCAUGAGCUCCACUGAAUGACGAAUCGGCAUUGAUUAUUUCGCGAGAGUUACAAUAAUGUGUCGCUGGAGAGGCGAACUGGUGGUAAAUAUUUUGAUACUACUGCUGAUAACCCUAUCGGCCAGUGUAGUGAAAUGCCAGGACGCAACGAAUGGAGAACAAACCGAAGCGGAUGCCGUCGCUAGCAGCGGUCCGGCCUCAGGUUCUGGCGAUAUGAAGGACUUCCUUAUCUCGGGAUUACGCUUAGAACAUGAACUUGUGAAGGAGCAGGCUGACGAACCGACCAGCAGCAAUAGUGGUGAGAAUUUCGUCGCCAUCCACAAGGAUGCAGUCGGUGCCCGAGAACAACUUAAACCGUCAUUGCGAGGUCUCUCCCAUAUUGCGAUCAGCUUUCUACCAAAGACGCACAGAUUCGUGUCCGUUUUAUCAGCCACCCGGGAAGUCGUUGCCGGUGUCCGGUACGAUCUAUCCGUGCAGGCCCUGGACGAAGCUCAGCUGGAAGUGAUAUGUUGCAUGACGGUACUGGAAAAACCAUGGUUGACCACGGAGAGUGGUGACAAGUUCAGGUUACUAGAAAAUUCAAACUGCACAUCUCCGGAACAAGGGAUAACCGAGGGUGUUGAAGUUGUUACGAGGCUGAACGCAAUCUUUGAUCCAAGCUUGAGGAGCCGACAGGAUAUGAGCCCAACGCGUUUCAAGGAUCUGGUAAGCCAAAUUAUCGUACAACGGAAGGAAGAACAAGAAAGUACUGUGACAACGGGAGCGACGGAUUUGACAACCACUACCGAGCGGAUGUUGACGCCAGAAUUAAGCGAAUCGUCCAGGGAUGUUCUAGACCAACUUUUUUUAUUCGGAAGUGAGACCGGAAAACGAGAUCGACCUCGCGCGGAUACUAACCAACAGAAUGAAGAAGUAACGGAAGAGAUUAUUGUUCCUAAGCGUAAAGAACAGCAGCAAUUCGAAGCGCCCGUAACAGAGCAAACGCCGGAAACAACUACUAUGACGCUUGAUCAGCAGGUCCAGUCUACGUUCGAGGAGGUCUUCAAAACGCAUCGCGAAAUUCAAAAGGCUCUUGACGAAGUCAUACAAAAGGGAGGAGGUCGUGAUGUCCAGAUAAAAUAUGAACCCGUGUUUGCUUCAUUAUUGCAGAAAGUGAAAAGCAGUAUCGAUAACUACUAUCAGACGGUGAACCCAAAUGGCGGAGAAGCUAAUGUGGACACAAUUGCUUUUGUCGUUAGUGACAAUGUUGGUUCCUCGAGGAUACCGUUUUCGGGUGGGGUUACGAGUAACCGAUCCUCAGCAAGUGACGAAGAUGACCAACAACAACAGCAAGCUGUUCUGCCUGAUUUUCAGUUGUCAUUACCCACGGUAACCGAAGCUACACCAGCUCGAGAACUGGCCCCACCGAAAAUUGAUACCGUUGUUAUGCAAUUUAGUGACAGUGGAAGUGACGAACAGCACGAAGAUGUUCAGCGUACGCGAACCCGAGAGGAGUUGAUUCGAGAGUUUAAUACGGAUGAAUCUCAACAGCGUAAUAAGCGAGCUCCACAAUCCUAUUCCCACGAACAUGAUUUUCGUCAUCCUUCAUUCUUUGGAAGUUCAUCCGGCGAAUCACAUGAACAAUUCGGCAAUCGUUACUUUGGCUUUCCUGGAUAUGGGUAUAAUCCAUACUACCGGCCUCAUUACCGAGGAAAGCGAUUUGUGCAGAUGGAUUUAGACGGCACGGAUCAGGAGCAGAUUGGUGACAUGGAGAAGUCCCUGACAGAGGCAAUCGGGAUGCUGGAUCGAAUGGAUGCGGACCCCUUCAAGCGCGUCCUGCUGGAAGUGAUAAGUUUGAAACGUAUCAACCAAUUUACGAGUGCGGUGGAACAGAAGGGUGAAUUGUAUGUGGCUCGAGUCGUCACUGCAAACUCCCACUGCAUUGAGGAAGCGGAAGAUGUGGUUAAAUGCAAGCGACUGUUGAUCGACGGAAGUAGCAAAUUUUGCACGCUUGAGAUUCGGGUAAAGGACAAGAAAGUGCAGUUGGUGAAAUCAGAGUGCGCUCCACAUAAAUCGGCCGGAUUGCUGGGGGGUCAUAAGGAGGUUAAUGUUGAUGACUUAGAACACCAGCAGCGUAUUGCGACAGGUUUGAAGCAAUAUAAAAAAGGAAAGUUGAGAUUCGCGAAAUUCGUAAUUCGUUGCGGUUCAGUUCAGGUAGUGGCCGGAACGAUUCAUCGUUACACCGUUGAUUUGUUAGAUAGUAACGACGAAGUUACAAGCACCUGUAAAGUUAAAAUUUAUACCCCUCCGGGCGAUGAUUCCGAUUAUAAAUUUGACUGUCAGGAAGCGUCGUCCCGGCGAGUUGCUCGAGAUGUCGAGCGAAAGAAACUCGGCAAGAUACCAAAAGUCGGCUCACCCUCCGAGUUGACGCCCGAGGAGUACAACAAACCGGAGCACUCCGAACGAAUUCGGGGUAUUUUGUUGACUUCGUAUGCUAAAAGUUCCGACAAGAAGUACCAAAUAGUUGGAGCAACUCAGCAGUUGGUAGCUGGUCAGCUGUUCACGUACAGAUUGAUUUUCAAUGACGAUCCCGACAAACGGGUUUGUAAGCUGACUUCUCAUGAGAAACCAUGGCUCAAGGAAAAAAAUCCAGCUGAGGCACAGAAGGUUUCGUUUUCAUGUCCGGACGCCCCAGCCAAGAGUCGUACUCAGCGAUCGGUUUGCGCCGGAUGCCCUAGUACUCUGUCGCCCGAUGAUUUAAAAGAUGACGAACAUCUGCAACGCAUCAAUAAGAUUCUCGUUGCAACCGGUGGCACCGCUCAAAAAAAGCCAGAAAUUCUCAACGCGACAUCACAGGUUGUAGCUGGAAUCAAGUACACCUAUUACAUCGCGUACACCGUAGAUAAUACAAGGAGAGUUUGCAAAUUGACCUCCUGGGAGCGGCCGUGGCUUGGUGAGUCCAAAGAUGCAUAUGUCUACAACUCCAGUUGCGAUGGUCAGGAUGAAAGAAAUAGAGUCAGUAAAUCGCGCCAGAAGCGAAACGUUGGUGCGUUACGGCCACUCUCCGACGAAGAACUCCAACGCGAAGAACAUAUUUUGCGUAUCAAUGACAUCCUAGUUGCUUCCGGAGGGCUCAAGCAGGACAAACCAAAAAUUAUCAACGGAACCGAACAAGUUGUAGGAGGCAUGAGCUACACGUACUACAUUUCGUACCCCGUUGAUGAUGGAAUCGAAAGGAUCUGUUAUUUGAACUCAUGGGAGCGGCCAUGGUUAAAAAAUAAGGAUCAAACAAAGAAUCGCAAAUACAAGUUCCACUGCGAUGGUUCUGACGAAGAUAAGAAUUCGCUCAAGCGGAGGCAACGUCGUCAUGCCAAAAAAGUCGGAGGUUCGAACGAGUUGUCACUGGAAGAUUUGAAAGAUAGGAGUCACAUCGAACGAAUCCGUGCCGGCCUGGUGGCAUAUAACGAGGAAAAAUCCAAAUCGUACCAAGACUUCGAGAUCCUUAAAGGAUCAGUACAACUGGUCGCAGGUUCGUUGUACAAAUACACCUUUAAAGUGAAGGACGAACCGAGCGUUGUUUGUAAGAUCUCGGUGUGGGAGCGUGUCUGGUUAGAUACCAUGGAUCAACGCAAGUACAACGUCAAAUGCGAUGGAGACGAUGAUCCUGAACAUGAGCAGCAAUUGGCCGCUGCAAAGCGAUCGACACGGUCCAUACGACCACAUCGUGACCAAACGGAGCGCUACUCACGUGGAGUUGACCAUGCGCGUCAUCUGUUCGAAAAGUUCAAGCUGAGACACAACCGAACCUAUCAGAGCACGUUCGAGCACGAGAUGCGGUUCCGUAUCUUCGAGAACAAUCUAUUCCAAAUCGAACAACUAAAUAAGUACGAACAGGGAACGGCUAAGUACGGUAUAACGCACUUUGCCGAUAUGACUAGCGCAGAGUACAAGCAACGCACUGGAUUGGUGGUUCCGAGCGAGCAAGAACGAAACUUGAUCCGUAAUCCGAUGGCUGUAAUCGACGAGAAUAUUCAACUUCCGGAAGCGUUUGAUUGGAGGACGCUGGGGGCAGUUUCGUCGGUGAAAAAUCAGGGCAAUUGUGGAUCUUGUUGGGCCUUCAGCACAGUAGGUAACAUUGAAGGAUUGCAACAAAUCAAAACUAAAACGCUAGAGGAGUACUCGGAGCAAGAGCUGCUGGAUUGUGACACCGUAGACAAUGCGUGCCAGGGUGGAUACAUGGAUGAUGCUUAUAAGGCAAUCGAAAAACUAGGCGGACUGGAACUAGAAAAGGAAUACCCUUACCUUGCGAAGAAGCAAAAGCAGUGUCACUUCAAUAGUACCUUAGUUCACGUCCGCGUUAAGGGGGCGGUUGAUUUGCCGAAAAACGAAACGGCUAUUGCUCAGUUUCUAGUUAGCAAUGGACCUGUGUCCAUAGGACUGAAUGCCAAUGCUAUGCAGUUCUAUCGAGGCGGAAUCUCGCACCCGUGGCGCCCGUUGUGCAGCAAAAAGAAUUUGGACCACGGUGUGUUGAUCGUUGGCUACGGAGUUAAGGAGUAUCCGAUGUUCAACAAAACUUUACCCUACUGGAUUAUCAAGAAUUCCUGGGGUCCAAAGUGGGGCGAGCAAGGCUACUACCGGGUUUUCAGAGGCGACAACACCUGCGGUGUUAGUGAAAUGGCCACCUCGGCUGUUUUGGAGUAGAUGUGAAUCUUGAACAGAACAAGCCACUACUCGCUGUUUAUUUUAUUCUCAAAAUUGCAAAACACCACCAUUUUCAAACAGACAAUUAUUUACGGUGUGAUCCAAUAAAUUGCAGCUCUUCUCGUGUUAUAUAUACUCUAAUAAGCUUAGAACUAAUAUUAAAUCCUACCAAAAGCAUCAAUAAACUGAACAGAAAUCACUCAAAAUA